AUGAGCAGUGAUGGUGGUCGGUUUUCAUUCUAUGCGGUCCGUCGGGGUCGUGUUCCUGGUGUGUAUAGGUCAUGGCAGGAGUGUGACCAACAAGUGAACGGCUACCAGAACGGUGAACAUCGUGGAUUUCGUGAUUUGUCGGAGGCUAUUGCUUGGUUACGAAUCGCCGCAGAUCCUCCAACCCUGAUAGAGCCAAUUACAGAGAGUUCAUUCAUGCAUGUUGAAGAUAUGGAGCUGAUGUUGAUGCGAGCGUGCACAUUCUUUCACAUUGGUGUCCCAAUUUUUGUUCCUCAAGAAGUGGACACAGCUGAUGAAAAUUUGCUUUUCGGCUUCACGGUAUUUCUUUCCUACAAUAGCAGAGGUCUAGAUCUUCUGGCUCAUGGUCCAUUGUGCUACGAGGAGCGUUCUGCACGUCAAGAAGUUUCAUUCACAAUGGUAGAGAAGAUUCUUUCUACUACAGGUUAUGCUGUGCGUGAUUACAAUUAUCGCGUUCUUGGAUGUCUCACAGAGCAGUUGAAUCAAGUUAACAAGGAGGAAGUUGACAGAUUGAAUGAACGUAUUCGUUCGUUGGAGAUUGAAAAUGAGGAUCUUAGGGGACAAGUUGAAAUAUUUGGGGAAAUGCUAGACCAAUAG